AUGUAUAAAAGGGAGAAAGACAUUGCGGAUCUUCCUGUUUUCUUUUAUCAUUUGCUUUUUUUCUUUUUUCUUUCUUUUCGCAUUCAAAUAUAUUUCUUCUUUUACUCAUUCAUUUUUGUUUCUUUGCUUUAUCUUCUUAACUUUCUUUCUUCCGACCCAUCCUCUCAUUUUAAUUGUUUUUUCUUUAUUUUCUUCCAUUUUACCUUUAUUUGUUUUUCUUCUUUUUUUUAUCAAAUUAUUAUUAUUUAUUUAUUAAAGUUUCUUUCUAUCUCAAUUUCUUUUAUUUUUAAUUUUUCUCAUUCUUUCUUUCUUUCUUUUUUUCUUUCUUUCCUUCAUUUCUCUUAUUUUUUUCCUUUCUCUAAUUCGAAUUUUUCUUCUUUCGUUUUUUUCAUUAUCCUCGACAAACUUUCUUUCGCUCAUUCUUCUUACCAUUGUCAUUUCAUUUCUUUUCCUCUUUUUCUCAUUCAAAUUUCUUCUUUUUUUUUUCCAAUUAUUUUCUCUCUAUUUCCAUCAAAAAUUCCUUAUAUCUCUUUACAUCUCUUUAACUCUUUCUUUCUUUCUUUCUUUCUCGUUCUAUUUGCUUUAUUAUUAUUCUCCAGGUUUCCUAAAAUUAUCUCCCUUUCUUCUUCGCCAUAUUUUCCCAUUUUUUCUUUCUUAAUAAAAAUUAAGAUUUUGCUUUACUUCUCUUUCUUUUCUUUUUUUUUUCCUCCCCUUGGAACAUUUUUCAUCUUUUUCCAUUUCCUUCCGACUUCAUUUCCUUCCUUCCUAUCCGCGUGUUUUAAUGCCAUAAAUACUUAUUAUGCUUAUACAUUUUUCUCUUCUACGAAACUUAAUUUUUCCGUGACUCUAGAAACACGACCUGUAAUCUCCAGUAUGGCAUCUUGA